GGCCAGCGUGACGACAACACACGAGAGAGUCGAGAGAGUGAAAAAAAAAAAAAUAUAUCCGUUGGUGCCUGUAGGUUUGCGCGCGAGCACAGGCCACAGUUGCUUGUUACUCGAGUGAGCACCAGUGAGCGGUGAGGCAGUACGCGUAGCCUUAAAUAUUUAUCUUGAAGAAAAAAAAAAAAAAAAUAUAUACAAGUGAAUUAAUAAAGUACACUCAUCGAGUCAUCAUUGAAUAAUCUAGAUGUGUCAUCACACCUAUUUUACAAUAAACCAUAUUAUUAAACUCCAAAAAAAAAAAGAGUAAAAAAACAAAAACAAAAGACGAUCAAGUGAUUUUUUUGCAGGAGUGUGUCAGUGUUAUAAAAAAAAAAAAUAACUUGCUAAACAAUAGUUACUAAAUUUAUCAUUAUUUGUUGAAGAUACUUGAAUUAUUUCAAAAAGUAUUUGUUGGUUUUUUUUUUGUUUAUUUUUUUUGUUUGUUUGGUGGACAUUUUGUCGAAGAGUAAUUUAACAAGUUGAGACGAUGGCGAGUUUAUCGAGUGGGUGUUCAGCCGCUGUUGCGAUCGUAGUACUACUACAUCUAGCAACUAUCAAUGCAGAGCUGGAAAUUCUACCAGCUGGUGAUGUCCAAUCAAAACCAAGUGGAACUCAAAUUAUGUUAACAUGCAAAGCCAAAGUUGAAAAUAUUAAUUUAAUUAGUAAUAUGGAAUGGAGAGAUCCAUAUGAUCGUGUCGUUAGCCCUCUCAAUCUCGUCGUGUUGCCGAUCGAAAGGUCAAAGAAUAAAGGAGGAGACAAUGCAGAUAUGUAUACAGAAUCACAAAAUGGAAAUUUACAACUUGUAUUCAAUUCAUUGAAAGCUGAUCAAGCUGGUAGAUAUGUUUGUACAGCAACAUAUGCCAACAAUGAGCCAUUAUCAAAAUCUGUAAAAAUUGAAAUUGUUGAUCCAAUAACAUUUACAAAUGCACCAAAGUAUCAAUAUCCAAUAAUAAAUGAAGAAUAUACAAUUCAAUGUCAAGUUACAGCAAGACCACCACCAACAGUAACAUGGUAUCGUGAUGAUGUACCAAUAUCAUCAGAUGAAAAUCAAUAUGUCGUUGAAACUCAUGGUUUAAAAAUAUUUAAAGUUCAACAAAGUCAUGAAGGUGUUUAUAGAUGUCGUGCAUCAGUACCUGAAACUGGUUCAUUUUUUGAUAGAAUAAUUAAUGUUGAAGUACAUGAAAGACCAACAAUUGAAAAAUUUAAAUCAAACAUUGAAAUAAUUGAAGGUAAUAAUGAAAAUAUAAAUUGUAUAACACAUGGUAAACCACCACCAAAAGUAUCAUGGAUUAAAUCAAUAACAAAAGAAAAUGUAACAACAAUUCCACGUUUUGGUGUUGAUGAAGUUACAGGUACAAUGACAAUAACAAAUGUACAAUCAAGUGAUAGUGGUGAAUAUGAAUGUAUAGCAACAAAUGAUGCUGGUAGUGAGAAUGAAUAUGUUAAAAUUAUUGUAAUUGAAAAACCAAAAAUAAUGGAUUUUUUAAAUAGAACAGUUGCUGAAGGUAAAGAAGUUGAAAUAACAUGUAAAGCAUUUGGUCGUCCACCACCAGAAGUUGUAUUUAAAAAACAAGGACAAUUAUUACCAUUUACAAAAGGUAUACAAGCAACAGAUGAUCGUAUUAUAUUAAGUAAUAUUAUUGACAAUGCUAAAGGUGAAACAGUUGGAUCAUUAAAUAUACAAAAUGCAUUUAGACGUGAUGAUGGUAUUUAUGAAUGUAUUGCAACAAAUAAAGUAUCAUCAGCAUAUAAAAAUGGUCAUUUAACUGUUGAAUAUGCACCAUCAUUUUCAUCAAUGUCAAAUAAAACAGAAUGGUCAUGGGAUGGAAGACCAGUUAAUUUAAGUUGUAUUGCUGAAAGUAUACCAAAUGCAACAAUACGUUGGCGUCAUAAUGAUCGUGAUAUUAUGAAUAGUGAAUUAAAUAAUGCUGCAUUUACUGAACGUGGACAUGGACCAAUAAGUGUAUUAACAAUAACACCAUUUGAUAGAAGAUAUUAUGGUGAUUAUAGAUGUAUUGCAACAAAUUUACAUGGUGAAGCAUCACAUGUAUUUCAUUUACGUGAAGCACAAAAACCAGGACCAAUUGAACAAGUUAAAAUAACUGAAAUAACAGCAACAACAAUGAUAUUUGAUAUAACAUUACCAUCAACUGAUGAAGAUUUACCAAUUGAUCUUAUUAUUGUACAAUGGAAACUACAAGAUUCACCUGAUUGGAGUAAUGCUAAAAAUAAAACAUGGUCACCAAAUAGCUUGUAUGCUGUUGAAUAUUUAGAACCAGCAUUAUUUUAUGAAUUUCGUUUUAGAGCUAAAAAUCGUGCUGGUGAAGGUUUAUGGACUAAAAAUUAUAUUGAAUCAACAAAAUCACGUAGUGCACCAUCACAACCAAAAUUAAUAACAAAAUCACAAAAUAUGGAAUAUGAAUUAUCACCAUUUUCUUAUCAAUAUGAAAUAAGUUGGAUUAAACCACAAGAUAAUGGUGAUAUGAUUAUUAGAUCAAAAAUUCAUUAUUGUAAAAUAACAAAAAAUAAAAAUACAAAUGAUUGGGAAGUUGAAAAAUCAACGUGUUCAACUGAAGUUGUCAAGAGAGAAAUAUCAUCUGUUAUGCUCAGAGAUUUAUCACCAGAUACAUUUUAUCAAGCUGAAAUUAUUGUUCAAAAUAGUCUGGGAGAAAGUAAACCAGGUGUCAUUAAAUUUUAUACUGCUAAAGCAUCAACAAUGCCAACGAGAAAAGAUCGUGAUACAACAUCAAGUUUAGCUCUGAUUGGAGUUGUCAUUGCUGCUGUUUUCAUUCUCAUCAUUGUCAUUGACAUCAUAUGUUGCUGUUUCUUAAAAAUUGGAGUUAUAUUCUAUUUCUGCGAAAGAUCAAAGAGAAAACCAGUCGAUGAAGAAGAUGCCAAGCUUGGAAGUCUUUACGGUUGGCGGUUCCCAUUGCCAUAUUGCGAUCAAAAAAUGGCCAAUGUUGCCGGGGUUACGGCCAUCCAAGAGUCGGGUAAUGGAAAGAAUACCAUUACGUUGGUCAAACAUACGUCAAUAGAAGAGAAAGAACCAUUGAGAGAAGAAAAAAAAAUAACACCAAUUAUUGAUACUGGCUUGAGGCGAGAAACAUCAAUAACAUUUGAUGGCAAACGUUCUGUUUCAAAGACUGGCUUUGUUGGUAAAGACUCAGCUGUCUAGAUAUUCUUCCGGCGUACUAGAUUGUAAAUUAUUUCAUUUUUCCACAUAAACAAUGACAAAUGUUGUUAACGAAAAAAGAAAAAAAAUUACUUUUAUCAUUGUAAUAAAUACCUUUAAUUUGUCAAUUGGUUUAACAACAUCAUGUGGAAAAAAUAUAACAAAACUUGAUUAAAUAUAAAAUUCAAUAAAAUGAUUUUUAUCUUUAAAUAUCAAGUUUAUUUUUUUCGAUAAACAUGACUACAUGUCAUUUAUUCCGAAUGCGACUAAUUGCACCUGUCAGUAAAGUGUUUAAUUUAAUAUAAAUUUCAUAAAGUUAAAUAAAUCAUACAAAUUUGUGUACUGAGAAUGAAAAAAAAAAAAUAAUAAUGCGUCAUGAACAAUCAAAUCGUUCGUAUAAAAAUUGUUGAAAUGAAAAAAAUAAAAAUAAAAGAUAAAUCACAGAGGGAAAAUGAUAAAAAAAUAUAAUUUGUUGAUUCAAUUUAACAAAAAAAAAAAAAAAAACACAAUUAUUAAUAUUAUUUCUACUAAAAUCACAUGAUUAUUAUUCAUGUUCUUUUCGUUUCUUGAAUAACAAAUUGUACAAAUUUUGUGACUCAUAUAGUCAAAGGAAAAAAAAAAAUAUGUAAGAAAUAUUCAUGAACCCUUUUAUCAUUUAAAAGAAAUAAAAUCCAAAAAUUUCUAUAGAAAUAUUUACCCCUAAAAUAACAAAAAUAUAUAGAGAAAGAAAAAAAAUAUAUAUCAUGGAUUGUACAGUUGUGUGUAGGUGUAUUUAUCCGUCGGAAAUAAACAAAAAAAAUUAAAUGAAAAAAAAAAAAUUUAAUAAUAAUAUCGUUAAAGGAAAUAAUAAUCAACAAAUGCUUGUCUAAUUGUUUCUAAUAAUAAGCAAACUAGUACGCUGGAUUAUUUUAUAAUAAUUUAAGAAAGACGAAUGAAAAAAUAAAAAAUAAUGUACUAUUAUCGAGAUUUAAUUGUCGAGAUAUAAUUUUAGAUUUAUAAAAAUUAUUAGACUUUGAAGUUGCGCCUGUGUGUGUAUAUAUAACUAUACUUUUCGAUAAAAAAAAAAAAGGAACAAAUAUCUGUGGAGUUUUGAAAAUAAUAAGUAAAAUAAUUGAUAAUGAUUUAAAAAGAAAAUCAAGAUGACAGACUCGCCAAUAUUCAUACAGUAUCAUUUUCUUUUUGAAGACUGAUUCAUUUAAGACUAACGAACAAAAUUGUGUCAUAAAAUUUUGAAUAAAAAGAAACAUAAUUAAUAAUUUUCCAUUUCGAUUGAAUUUUUAAUGACAAUAUUUAAGUAUGAAUCAUUUUUAAUAACUUUUUUUUUAAUACGAACAAAUUAUAAAUACAAUAUUAUUUUAAUUACUAUUUAAUUUCUUUUAAAUACUGUUUUAAUUGUUUGUUAAUUAUUAUUUUUUUUUUUUAAUCGUUCAAUGUCUUAUUGACAUUUGGCGAUAAUAAAUAUCUUAAUAUUUAUGUAUAGUAUACUUAAAUAAUUAAUAAGAACAAAAUAAAAAAAAUGUAAACAUGGAAAUGUAAAAUUUUUAAUAACAUUUUUUGCACAAAUUAUUAUUGUCAGCUGACUUUUUAUUGAUAAAAAGUUAAUUAGUAUUGAGCAUGAAAAAUAUAAAAGUAAAAAUUAUUAUAUAAUGUGCAAAAGGUGUCAUUGAAAUAGCCUGGUGUACUAAAAUGGCUUAAUGAAUGCGUUUGAUGACAAAAAGAAAAAAAAAAGUAAAAAUAGAAAAAAAAAAAAAAAAAAA